GCUCCCGGGAUGGAGGCGGCGGCAGCAGCGGCGGCCGCAGCAGCUGCUGCGGGCCGGGCCCUGCGGCGGCGGCGGGAGGGAGACACACAAAGGGAGAUGACACCUUGGUGGGGUGGUGGAGACAGCGCCGUGCUUGGAGCUAGGAAGAUCCUUCCUCAGAUCCUUACUGGCUGGGCCACCUUGGGCAAAUGACUUCGAGGGCCCCUCCUGUGAUCUUAUAACCUGCAGCUGUGGCCCGGGCCAGGCUUGCUGCCUCUGAGCUCUCUCUUCCCUCCUAGGCAUUGGAAGGAGGUGAGCAUCACGACUGCUGAGCCUCCCGAGACCCGCUCGCCAUGCCCGGGAUCGUGGUGUUCCGCCGGCGCUGGUCUGUGGGCAGCGAUGACCUCGUCCUGCCAGCCAUCUUCCUCUUCCUGCUCCAUACAACCUGGUUUGUGAUCCUCUCGGUGGUCCUCUUCGGCCUGGCGUACAACCCCAACGAAGCCUGCUCCCUCAAUCUGGUGGACCACGGCCGUGGCUACUUGGGCAUCCUCCUGAGCUGCAUGAUCGCCGAGAUGGCGAUCAUUUGGCUGAGCAUGCGGGGAGGCAUCCUCUACACCGAGCCCCGCGAGUCCAUGCAGUACGUGCUCUACGUCCGCCUGGCGAUCCUGCUCAUUGAGUUCAUCUACGCCAUUGUGGGCAUCGUCUGGCUCACCCACUACUACACCUCCUGCAAUGAUGUCACUGCCAAAAAUGUCACCCUCGGAAUGGUUGUCUGCAAUUGGGUCGUCAUCCUGAGCGUCUGUAUCACCGUCCUGUGUGUCUUUGACCCCACGGGACGCACCUUCGUUAAGCUGAGGGCCACCAAGAGGAGGCAGCGGAACCUUCGGACCUACAACCUGCGGCACCGCCUAGAAGAAGGCCAGGCCACCAGCUGGUCUCGCCGUCUCAAAGUGUUUCUCUGCUGUACGCGAACGAAGGACUCUCAGUCGGAUGCCUACUCUGAAAUCGCCUACCUCUUUGCGGAGUUUUUUCGGGACCUCGACAUCGUGCCAUCUGAUAUCAUCGCUGGACUGGUGCUUCUGAGACAGAGGCAACGAGCCAAACGAAAUGCGGUACUGGAUGAGGCCAACAAUGACAUCUUGGCUUUCUUGUCUGGGAUGCCUGUAACCAGAAAUACCAAGUACCUGGACCUCAAAAACUCGCAAGAGAUGCUUCGCUACAAAGAGGUCUGUUAUUACAUGCUUUUUGCCCUGGCUGCCUAUGGUUGGCCAAUGUACCUGAUGCGGAAACCUGCCUGUGGGCUCUGCCGGCUGGCAAGAUCCUGCUCGUGCUGCCUCUGCCCCUCUCGCCCCCGCUUUGCCCCUGGAGUCACCAUCGAAGAGGACAACUGCUGUGGUUGCAAUGCCAUCGCCAUCCGCCGCCACUUCCUGGACGAGAAUAUGAGCUCCGUGGACAUCGUCUACACCUCCUGCCACGAUGCGGUCUAUGAGACGCCUUUCUAUGUAGCUGUGGACCACGACAAGAAGAAAGUGGUGAUCAGUAUCCGGGGAACCCUGUCCCCCAAGGAUGCCCUGACAGAUCUGACCGGAGAUGCUGAGCGCCUCCCAGUGGAGGGCCACCACGGGACAUGGCUAGGACACAAGGGCAUGGUCCUCUCGGCUGAAUAUAUCAAGAAGAAGCUGGAACAAGAGAUGGUCCUGUCGCAGGCCUUUGGGCGGGAUCUGGGCAGAGGAACCAAGCACUACGGCCUGAUCGUGGUGGGCCACUCUCUGGGCGCGGGCACUGCAGCCAUCCUCUCCUUCCUCCUGCGCCCUCAGUACCCAACCCUCAAGUGCUUUGCCUACUCCCCCCCUGGGGGCUUGCUGAGCGAGGAUGCCAUGGAGUACUCCAAGGAGUUCGUGACAGCUGUGGUCCUCGGCAAAGACCUGGUGCCCAGGAUCGGCCUCUCGCAGCUCGAAGGGUUCCGGAGGCAGCUUCUGGACGUCUUGCAGCGCAGCACCAAGCCCAAAUGGCGCAUCAUUAUUGGAGCAACCAAGUGCAUCCCCAAGUCGGAGCUGCCAGAGGAGGCCGAAGUGACCGCCAUGGCCAGCAGCCGCCUCUGGACCCAUCCCAGCGACCUGACCAUCGCUCUGUCGGCCAGCACACCCCUGUACCCCCCAGGCCGCAUCAUCCACGUGGUCCACAACCACCCUGCUGAGCACUGCUGCUGCUGCGAGCAGGAGGAGCCCACGUACUUUGCUAUUUGGGGGGACAACAAGGCCUUCAAUGAAGUGAUCAUCUCUCCGGCCAUGCUCCAUGAGCACCUGCCUUAUGUGGUCAUGGAGGGGCUUAACAAGGUGCUGGAGAACUACAACAAGGGCAAGACAGCACUGCUGUCUGCAGCCAAGGUCAUGGUGAGUCCCACUGAGGUGGACUUGACCCCAGAGCUCAUCUUCCAGCAGCAGCCCCUGCCCACGGGCCCCCCAGGAACCACCAUCCACUCUCUGGAGCCUCCACCAGCUGCCCUGAGGAGCAGCAGCAUCAAGAGCAAGUCCCAGUCCGAGAUCAGCCUGGAGGGUUUCUAUGAGACCAAGGCCUUGUCCCCCGCAAGGAAGGACCCUGUGGAGCUGCUGCUGCUCACCACCCAGGAGCGCCUGUCGGUGGAGCUGCAGGACCGGCGGGCCCCCCUCGCCACCAUGGAGAGCCUGUCGGACAAUGAGUCCAUCUACAGCUUCGACUCUCGCCGCUCCUCCGGUUUCCGCAGCAUCCGGGGCUCCCCGAGCCUGCACGCGGUCAUGGAGAGGGACGAGGGCCACUGCUUCUACAUCGACCCGGCCAUCCCCGAGGAGAACCCUUCCCUCAGCUCGAGGACAGAACUGCUGGCCGCCGACAGCCUGUCCAAACACUCGCAGGACACGCAGCCGCUGGAGGCCGGGCUGGGCGGCGGCGGCGGCGGGGAGAGCCCGCGGCGGCGCUCCAGCGGGGAGGAGGGUGGCUCUUCCCCGGCCCCGGCCAGGGGGGAGCUGACCCUGCACAACGGGCGGCUGGGGGACUCGCCCAGCCCUCAGGUCCUCGAGUUCGCCGAGUUCAUCGAUAGCCUCUUCAACCUGGACAGCAAGAGCAGCUCCCUGCAGGACCUGUACUGCAUGAUGCUGUCCGAGAGCCCCAGCGGCGACUACGGCGCGCUGCCCAAGUCGGUGAGCGAGCAGGAGAUCCUGCUGCGGGCCCAGUACGAGCCGAACCUGGUGCCCAAGCCCCCCCGGCUCUUCGCCGGCUCCACCGAGCCCUCGUCGGGCAUCUCGGUGUCGCCCUCCUUCCCCCUCAGCUCGUCAGGGGAGCUCAUGGACUUGACCCCCACCGGCCUGAGCAGUCAGGAGUGCUUGGCGCCGGACAAGAUCCGGACUUCUCCCGCCGGCCACACCGCCAGCCCCUCCAAGCAGGACGACCUCAUGAUCUCGGCCCUCUAGUUCUGGGGGCGGGGGAGCUCGGACCCGCCACACCAAGCAUGCCGCAGCCCCAGGCCUGGGGGCGCCAUCCCCUGCCUGCCUGCCGGCCCGGCUGGAAGCAUCACCUGAGGGCCACUGGGGCCCUCGGGACCGUGCUGCUGGAGAGGGAGGGGCCCGCUGCCAGCAAAGAAGGAGAGUGCACUCACAGGGUCCGUUUCCCUACCUCAGCCCCAGGCAGCGAAGGCCCCGGGAUCCGCUUGAGCUGGGGAGGGAGGUGAGCAAUCCAGGGGUCACCAACACCGCCCGUAUCUGUGAAGGGGCCAGGAAGGCGCCGGGCAGCGCUUGGCUGCCCAUUUCUCCCCCUUCCCCCCUCCAGGAGCGGCCUCUCCGGGGCUUCUAGGAAUUCUCAUUUGCUGUUCAUCUGGGCCACAGCCCCAAGGGCCCUGCCCCCACGUCCCCCCCCCCUCCCACCAGACCACCCUGGGGAGAAGGAGCCCCAAGGACCCUGUUCCCCACCCCCACCCUGGGAAGAGCCGCAAGGGCCCGCCCCACAGGGCCAGGUACUUCGUCCCCCUCUUGGUGCCCAGAGCCUGGGGACCGGGAAGAGGGCAGGAUAGAGUAGUGGUUUCUCUCUCCUACUCUCCCGUUUCAUCCCCUGCCCCAAAGCCCCGGAUCUGUAAUGGCACCUAAGCGGGACUUCCUGCUGGCUCGCCACCCUGGUCCCUCGGUCCCCAGUUUGGGUCACAGUCCCGCAAUCACGAGCUGUGUAUGUUUACAGAAGCCGCCAGGCUCCACUGAAGAUGUUAAUGCCUGGC